AUGACGCACACCCCCGGGCGCCGGAGCGUGUUCCUGUCUCCAUCCCAAUACAGGUUGUGGGGUGACCAUGGGCAAGAAGCUUUGGAGUCUGCCCAUGUUUGCGUGAUAAAUGCAACAGCGACAGGAACCGAAAUCCUUAAAAACUUAGUGCUGCCAGGUAUCGGUUCGUUCACAAUCGUCGAUGGUAAUCUGGUCUCUGGAGAAGACGUUGGAAAUAAUUUCUUUCUACAAACAAGUCAUAUUGGUCAGAAUCGUGCCCAGAGUGCCACUGAGCUCUUGCAAGAAUUGAAUAGUGAUGUUUCUGGAAACUUUGUCGAAGAGAGUCCAGAAAAACUUCUAGACAAUGACCCUUCCUUUUUUAAUCGGUUUAACUUGGUGGUUGCAACACAACUACCAGAAAGUACGUUGCUGCGCUUGGCUGAAUUUCUCUGGAAUUUUAAUGUUCCUCUGCUGGUCUGCAGGACUUAUGGACUGGUUGGUUAUAUGAGAGUCGUUAUUAAAGAACAUACAGUUGUUGAAUCGCAUCCUGACAAUACAUUAGAAGAUCUGAGACUGGACAAACCAUUUCCAGAACUGAGGGAACACAUUCAGUCAUAUGACUUGGAUCAGAUGGACAAAAAGGACCAUAGCCACACUCCAUGGAUUGUGAUUGUAGCCAAGUACCUAACAAAAUGGUUCAACGAGAAAAGCGAUCAGUUGCCUAAGAGUUACAAAGAAAAAGAAGCCUUUAGACAACUCAUUCGGCAAGGUAUCUUAAAGAAUGAAAAUGGGACCCCAGAAGAUGAGGAAAACUUUGAAGAAGCUAUAAAAAAUGUGAACACAGCAUUAAAUACCACAGAGAUUCCAAGAUGCAUUGAAGAGAUUUUUAAUGAUGAUUGCUGCAUAAAUCUCACAGAGCAGUCAUCCUCCUUCUGGAUUUUGGUUCGAGCUGUAAAGGAAUUUGUGGCAAAUGAGGGGCAAGGAAGUUUGCCUGUCCGGGGCACUAUUCCUGAUAUGAUAGCGGACUCCAAUAAAUUCAUCAAAUUGCAAAAUGUAUACCGUGAAAAAGCAAAGAAGGAUAUUGCUGCUGUGGGUAACCAUGCUGCUAAAUUGUUACAAUCCUUAGGCAAGGCACCCGAAGCUAUUUCAGAGAGAGAACUAAAAUUGCUUUGCAGCAACUCGGCUUUUCUCCGAGUAGUACGAUGUAGAUCUCUGUCUGAAGAAUAUGGUUUAAACACUUUUAACAAGGAUGAAAUCAUUUCCCAUAUGGAUAACCCAGACAGUGAACUAGUUCUGUACUUGAUGUUACGGGCUGUGGAUAGAUUUUAUAAGCAGCAUGGUAGAUAUCCAGGUGUCUACAACUAUCAGGUAGAAGAUGAUAUUGGAAAACUAAAAUCCUGCCUUACUGGUUUCUUACAAGAACAUGGGUUGUCUGUAGUGGUGAAAGAUGACUAUGUUCAUGAGUUUUGUCGCUACGGAGCUGCUGAGCCACAUGCUAUUGCUGCCUUCAUGGGAGGAGCUGCUGCACAGGAGGUUAUCAAAGUCAUUACAGGGCAGUUUGUAAUUUUUAAUAACACCUAUAUCUACAGUGGAAUGUCACAGACUUCAGCGACUUUCCAGCUGUAG